AUGGCGGACAAGCUCACGCAGCUCCAGGACUGCCUGGACGAUCUUCUCACACAAAUGUACGCGUCCAUCUCGUACAUCCGCCAGCGCCACCCAUAUGGAGAAAUACCAGGCCAGCCAUCUCAAGCACCGAAAGCGCCUGAGCCAACUACCAACGGAGCCGGAUCUACAGAACAGACUAACGGGACUGUCACAACGACUUCACAACCUCAGCAACCAGCUCCAGGCCGUGAAGGAACACCCCCACCGGAAGAGCCUCAAGCAUUCAAUGCAGCACUUCAUGAAUUGGCUCGAGACCUCGUCAUCAAGGAGCAGCAGAUUGAGUAUCUGAUCAACAGCCUACCCGGUCUGGGGAGCAGUGAGGCGGACCAGGAGAAGCGCAUGCGGGAGCUUCAGGUCGAGCUGAGGGAAGUAGAGGCGGAGCGAGCGAAAGCUGAGGUCGAGAAGGAGGCGCUGGUGGAGGGUCUUGGGAAGAUGAUUGUGGGUAUAAAGAGAGUCCCGUGA